GUCUUAUGCAUCAGACGCCCGGGUACAAUAUUGUUCUGUGUGAAAGAAUCAUUGCACAUUGCACAUUGCACGCCUUUCCACGAUGUCACUUCUGCAGAACUUAGUACAGGACAUCUCGUCCUUAGGGACAAAGCUGUAUCAGCGCUUGGGUGACGACACUGGACAUCUUUACGAAGCAAAACCAUGGAAGACAUAUGAUCAUGAACUUCCGGAUCGCGAAUCAUGGCAGCUUAGCCAGCAACUCAUCGCUGAUUGCGAAGAGCUCAUAGCUCUUCUCACGCCCACCAAAAUCAAGCUCGUUACUGAAUGUGUUGCCAACAACAGCACCGUGGGACUAGGCGUGGCCGCCGACUUUCGCAUUGCCGAUAAGAUCAUCGAGAAUGGUGGGGAAGCGUCGUUGUCCCAUCUCGCCCGGAAAUGCAAGACGGACGAACACAAGCUUGGAUGUGUCAUGCACAUGCUCGUACAGAGACACAUCUUCAAGGAAGUGGCUCCAGAUGUGUUUGCAAACAACCGCCACAGCUACGAACUGCGAAAAGAGACCGGUGCCACCGAGAUGAUGCUGAUAGAGACAAACGAGGGUUAUCAAGCCGGCCUGGGCUGGCUCCCGGUCAUGAAAGACCCGGAAAAAAUGCAUGAGCACGACCCUGCCAAGGGCGCCUUUGCAACAGCUCUACAAGUCGACUUGGGGGUAUUGCCGUAUCUUGGGACGCCCAAGGGUGCAAACCUACUGAAUAACUUUAGCAUCGGCGUACCGUGGCUCUCUGGCAUCACAGUUGUGGCUACAAGAACUGACUUACCAUGGGACAGCUUCGGUCCAACAGUUUGUGAUGUUGGCGCCGGCCCUGGCGGUGUCAUGCUUGAAGUCCAUAAGAAGUAUCCUCAUCUCAACAUCAUAUGUCAAGAGCUGGAACAGAUGAUCCCCGUGCUUCAAGAUACCUUUAAGGACUAUCAAUCAGACCUGGAUCACGGCAACGUCAAACUCGAAGUCUACGAUUAUUUUACCCCCCAAAAAACUGUUGCAGACGUUUACUGGCUACGGGGCGUAGUCCGCGACUACGACGAUGAUACCUCGGCCCGCCUCCUUGCCCAGCUGGUUCCUGCGCUCAAGAAGAAUCCGCGGGCCAAAGUCUUAGUCAACGAACUCAUAGUGCCCAGCUUGAUAACUCCACAGUCCCAGAUCGAAGCCAACACGCCAGCCGCCAAACGACUGCCACCGAACCAGUCUGGCUAUCCACAGGCGUGCCACAUGAUGCAACUUAGCACUAUGGUCCUGAUGGGAGGCAAGGAGCGCACUUUCGGUGAUAUUGUAAAAAUCGGUCGGGCCGCUGGCUUGCGUGUAAGCAAGUUCCAUCAGUUCAGGAUGUUCACUGGGACAAUCGAGUUUGAGCUCGACGACGUGGCUGGUUGGGAGACAGGUACGGGGAAAUCGAGACUGUGAGCGGGCAAAGACACGCUCAUGCAGGACUUAGGCAUUAAUCCCCCUUGAGAUUGGUUGGAGACGUCUGGCAGAAGCAAAGAGGAAGAAUUCGCCCAUCCUGAAACUCCUACCGCACCCAAUCAAGCAUGAAUUAAGAUCCGUCCAUCGAAUUCACGUAUACAUCAGAUGGCAG